CUCGUUACCGCCCAUCAGUAGCUGGUCAGAGGUCUAGGUGUCCCUUAACGUGAUCCUGGUUCCUGAUUACACUUAACGCGAUCCUUGGUUCCCGGCCCAAAGCCGAUUGCGGGUGGCUUGGCGCUGCCGAGGAUCGGGAGUGCGCGAGGUCGUACCCACGGCUGCAAGGAAGGUUUCCCUAGACCGAGGCGCGGAAACGGGGUGCCCCGGCCUCCCGCCCGCUGCCCGCCCGUUCUUCGCGGUAGCGAACGCCGAGCGCCCGGCGCGAUGGGUGCCAACGAGGAUCAGGAGAUGGAACUAGAAGCUUUACGAUCUAUUUAUGAAGGAGAUGAAAGUUUCCGGGAAUUAAGUCCAGUUUCAUUUCAAUAUAGGAUAGGUGAAGACGGCGAUCCCAAAGCCUUUCUAAUAGAGAUCUCCUGGACAGAGACAUACCCCCAGACGCCUCCGGUCAUCUCUAUGAACGCCUUUUUUAACAACACCAUCUCCUCGGCUGUGAAGCAGAGUAUCUUAGCCAAGCUACAGGAAGCAGUAGAAGUGAAUCUCGGCACGGCCAUGACCUACACGCUGUUCGAGUAUGCUAAAGACAAUAAAGAGCAGUUCAUGGAGAACCAUCAUCCCGGAAGUUCCACAACGCCUAUAGCCAAUAUCAUCUCGGUUGAAGCUCCCAGCGCAGCCCCAUCAAGUAAGAAAAAGGACAAGAAAGAACAGCUUUCCAAAGCUCAGAAGCGCAAGCUGGCAGAUAAAACAGAUCACAAAGGGGAACUCCCUCGAGGCUGGAACUGGGUUGACGUCGUGAAGCAUUUAAGCAAAUCUGGCUCUAAAGAUGACGAGUAGCAAGCCCCUGCACCAAAGCAAGAGCAGCCUCUGAAAGCAGCCCGGCUCAGCAUCUCUCCUUCCUUUUUUUCUGGUACUGAGUGGCUUUUUACAGGACAUGUUCUUUUGUGUGUGUCUUGAAAAAAUAUAAGCAGAAGGUUCAUGAAGGGGUUUGGUUGUAGUAAAUUUAUCUUCACAAACUCGCCUUAAUAAAAGGUCAAAGUGUAACUUGUUCAGAGUACUUUCUGAAGCUGUCGAGCAUCAUCACCAGUGGAUGGCUCCACAGAGUGAAGUCAGCGGUCACUUAGCCAUCUGACCCAAGCCAUGUGAUCAUUUUUAAAGGCCGACAAAACCAUGUUUGAACUCUCAGUUCAGCAGAGCCCAGUUCCAAGUCUCUGGCAUCCGAGGUGUGACCCAUACUAAAGCGGCUCGCCUUUUGCCUAGGUAGCAAAACAUAAAUUGAUUCAGAGAAGUCUGAGUACGGGUGUUGAGCUUUGUGUGACUCUGUAGUUCCUCUUCAUUUUCAAUAGCGAAUUGCUUUUCCUAAAUAAAUUGAUAAUUAUGUAUCCUUUUAGAUUGGAUGUAGGUGUGUGAUCAUGAAAGCUUUCAAUUAUGUGAAUAAUAAAGGAAUAUAAGAAGAAAAUUAAGGGGCUGGGGAAGUGGUUCAGUCAGUCAAGGGCUUGCUGUGCAAGCCUGAGGACCUGAGUUCAGAUCCCCAACCACCCACAUAAAAAACUGGGCCUGCACCUGGAACCCGGAGCUGGGGAGGCCGAGACAGGAGGAGCCCUGGUGCUUGCUGGCCUGACCGUCUAGCUGAAUCUUUGAGCUCCUGGUUCUGGUAGAGAGCAAUAGAGGAAGACAUAUAACAUAAAUCUCUGGCCUUGAGGGCAAGCACAUGUGCAUACACCCAUCUGCACACAAAUACAAAUACCAGGUACACUUGCAUGCACGACCGUAUACCACACCAAACAAAGCAAAAACAACAAAUUUGCCAAAUACUUUAGGAAGCAUUUGAAUAAGUGCUAGCUCUUAUUUAAGAUAUUUCUCUUUGCUGCAUAGGUCAGGAUGAAAGUAUAAGAUGCCUUAAUAUUUAAUUUUUGUACUGUUGGAGACAGUGGUUUUAAUUCCUAAUAUUUGCUAUUGUGAUGUUUUGUUGUUUGGUAAGAGGUCUUUCAGUGGAGUCAACAUUAAACACGCUUUGAA